CACAGAGCGGUGUCGAAGAUAAGGGAGCUGCCAAGUCAUGGGCAGAGCGUCACAAUGACACAUGAGACCCUCACGAGCUCACAGCUGUCCAUGAGGACUGCAGCUCUGCGUAUGGUUGACUUGCCGCUGUCCGUCUACAGCUCCCUGACACAGGUGAGCGUCAGCACAGACACCAAGAAACUGGUAGUUGCCACUGCCUUUGGUGCUGUCUCCCUCCUCUUCCUCGCUCGACGCUUCCAGAGGAGGAAGGGCAGAAAGAAGGUUCAUCCACAGCACUGGGAGAAGGCUGGUUUAGAGUUUCACCCCCCAGCCGCAGGAGAGAAUGAUAAUACGAGCCAAAACAUCACGCUCUCCCUCAACUCCAAGAAUGGCUACUCCUCUGAUCUGGUUCUCAGUGCAGGAGGUUACAGGAAGUUGUCUGGAUCUGUCAUGAGCCUGGCUUCGGUAAAAAGCUUGAACUCAUCCAGCAGCAGUACCUGCGCAAAUGACUCCACCUGUUGGGACGGAGUGGAGGAUGUUGAGAGUUGCAGUGUGCUCAACCUACCUGUCACCACACCUGAAAACCUGUACCUAAUGGGUAUGGAUUUAUUCGAGGAGGCCCUGCGGCGGUGGGAGGAGGCGCUGACAUUCAGGAGCAGGCAUGCUGAGGACGAUGCGAGCUGUGCCUCAGUCAAAAUUGGAGCUGGAGACACCAUUGCUGAGCAGAGCAUGGAGGACGUCAUCAGCGCAGAGUUCAUCCACAGGCUGAAGGCUCUGCUGCACAGGGCUUACCGCCUCCAGGAGGAGUUUGAGGGAGUGUUGGGGAUGUCAGAGCCCUCAUCCCACAGCAGCAGCCAGGUGGCAGACAUUUUGUCCAGAGAAGAGUUAGAUGACGCCUGUCUGAGGGACAGCAUCAGCAUCGCCUCCACUGACUCGUUUGUGUCUGCAGCUGAGAUGUCCGAGCACAGAGAGCUGAGGAGUGUUUUCACUCUGGGACGUCACCCUUUGUAUGAGGAGGCGCUGAAGAUGGCUGAGGAUGGCAGUAUCUCCUGCAGAGUGCUGCGAACUGAGAUGCUGGAGUGUCUCGGGGACUUGGAUUUCCUGGCUAAGCUGCACUGUGUGCGGCAGGCGUGGCAGCUCAUUUUGUGUGACAGGACAACUUGGACGUUUCUGGCCGACACAGGAAAGAAAAUACUGUCUUCCAUUAUAGUCAAAGCACAAAAGAGCCCAAAGAGAUUUGAGGAAGUGUUUGAAGAGAUGAUUUCCUUCCUGGAGCACACAGAGCACUGGGAAAACACAGAAUUGGAACUCGCCGCACGGGGGGUGAAGCAUUUGAACUUCUACGACAUCGUGCUGGAUUUCAUUCUGAUGGACUCUUUCGAGGACCUGGAGAAUCCACCCAUCUCCAUCCAGAACGUGAUCAACAACCGCUGGCUCAACAGCUCCUUCAAGGAGACAGCUGUGGCAUCAAGCUGUUGGUCAGUGCUGAAGCAGAAGAGGCAGCACAUGAAGGUGUCCGACGGCUUCAUCGCCCAUUUUUACUCCGUGUGUGAACAGAUCGGCCCCGUCCUGGCGUGGGGCUUCCUGGGGCCAAAGGGCUCCCUGCACGAUUUGUGCUGCUUCUUCAAGGACCAGGUGCUGCACUUCCUGAAAGACAUCUUUGAUCUGGAUAAAGUGCGUUACUGCUCAGUGGAGAGUUUGGCGGACGACGUGCUCCAGCUGCUCCACCGACGCUCAGAACUGCUGCUCGCCUACCUGGGAGCCGACUCGCUGCGGUACCUGAACGGGUGCAACUCACCACCGGUGCACCUGGUUCCCAGUGCCCUGCUGGAGGCACGAGUGCAGUGAGAGACACGGCCAAGUCUUUAAAUAUUACACAAGUCAGUCCCAGCAUUCGUUCAGGGGUGAGUUCACAUCAAAUGUUGGACCAAAGGAAACUGUAGGUGUGAGCUUACCUGCAGUCUGUGAAAUCAACUCAUUAUGUCUCCCAUCAUGCCAGUGUCAUGAUGUCCAAAGUCAGUGGAUCCACGUAAACUGAACCAGCCGUCUGGUCUCUGGUGUGGUCUCCACUUCCUCUUCUUAUCCCCUGGCCGCUUUUCAAUGUGCCAUAGCAGCGCUUUUAAAAGGUUCAAAGAGAACAGCAAUAAUAUUUAUUAAAUAUGAACUUGUGUAGUAAUAAACUGAGGCAGGCUUGGAAUCUGUUGCAGUAGGUGUUGUGUUAUGUAAAUUGAGGGAAUUUUAAUGCCAUUAAGAGCAGUUUGUGAAAGAAGAGGUAAUUUAUUUUAUUAUACAGCAGACAGGUGCAGAGCUUAUUUGUAGAAAUAGUGUCUGCAUGCAUUAAUAGGUUAGUGAUCGCUCUCACAGACAAGAGGGCAUGCUUUAUGCCCAGAGCUGCUCUUCGCUGAACAAAGGGCCUCAGUUUAAGAGGUGGAAAUGUGCUGAAUAGGAGAUAAAAUGCAGCGAUUCAGUUUCUUUACUUGAAAGGGGGAAAGUUUUUGUUUUUUUGACACUACAAGCCACAGAACUUUUAUGCAAUGUUAAAGUUUAGCACACAAAGCUCCCAAAGCCAAUAUAAUAAGUCGACACAUCGCGACUGCACAUCUGCCCAGCUGCUGUACAACUUGUGCCGCUCGGUUUUUCAUGACGGGCAGAAACACAGAAAGCCUUAUUGUCAAUGCAAAUAUUCAAGCCUUGUGUUUGUCGCUGAAUGUCAGCCCACAGUGUUCGUGUUUUCAAUCAUCUGGGAAGUUUUAAAAAAAAAAAUACUGUAGUGUGUUAAUGUCUAUCCUGCAGAUCAGUUACUGUGUACAGAAUAUACACUGCAUGCUUGAAGCUCAAGCUCCUACAGAAGUAGAAAAUGUAGAGUCAAGUCUGGAGUGUCAGUCUAAUGCAACCUCCAAAUGUUGUCUUAAAAGUGGACAUACAGAACUGGCAAUGAGCACAGUAUUAUUCUUUCUCCCGACUGGUGUAGCUUUGCAUGAUUCAAAGUUCAAAAUAAUCCCCAUUUGUCUGGUAAUUCUUAUUAGUCAUUAACUAUUUAUAAUAAUAAUAAUUUAAAAAAAAAGAAAUACAAGCUGAACUAAGGUGAAGAUCAGCAGGAUUGCAUCAGCAAACAUUUUGUCCUGCCGAUUAAAGUCUCAUUGAGCCAGCUUGGUUUCAUUCCAUAUCACUGCUCCACCAGCAGUCAUUCCCCAUCUUGGUAUACUGCAUUAAGCCAGAUUUUAUCUGAUUGGCUUUCCCUCCGAGAUGGGCAGGGCUGUUGUGCUCUCAUCACCACAUGCCUCAGAUGACCAUGUUGAAGAGAACUGCUCUCACUGAUGACUGGAUGACACACCAAGAGCAGUGUGAAGGCUUCACCUCACCAGGAUUAGAUAGACUUCAGUAACUUUAGCCAUGAUUAAUGCAAAAUCGUCCACUUUCAAGUUUAGCAUUUUAGGUGUUCACGCACAUACAAUGUAAUAGAUCACUGUGCGCACUUAUCUCUUAAGCUGUAGACUUCUGAAAUUCAAACAUGAGUAUAGACUGGAUGGAGAUUGCUUUAUGUUCUGAUUUUUAUUUUUCCAGACUAAGUCCAGAAAGGUUACAAGAAACGAGUGUUUGUUGUUGUUCAGCUGGGAUCAUAUCAUACAAUGUUAAUGUGUUACAUGUUUUGACUGAUUGGUGAAAUAAAGUUGAAUGUGUGCAAAUAAA